AUGGUCUCGCUGAAAUCAAGAAAACGACUUUCAUAUGUAACUUUGGGAACGUUCUUUUUGAUGGGAGGUAUUGAGUACGCUGUGGUCCUGCCGACCAUGUGGCUGUAUAUCCAGGAUCGGUUUAAGUCCCCCGAAUACAUGCUGGGAAUCCUUCUGUCUGCCUACAGUCUGGCUGCCAUGAUAUCCAGCCCACUCCUUGGAAGGUGGGCGGACCGAGGAAGGCAACCUAAAGUUAUUAUAAUACUCUGUGCCAUUGUCCAGAUUGGGGGCAACAUAAUGUAUUUCAUGGGACUAAGCCAGUGGUUCUUGUUGGCUAGUCGACUGGUGGUGGGCUUUGGUGGUGGAGGUGAGUCUGUAAUCCUAGGAGAGAUAGCUCGAGUCACCACAGAACAGGAGAGGACUGGUAUCAUCUCUCUCAUGAUUUCCAUCAGACAGUUUGGAUUACUACUGGGGCCAGGUCUAAAUGUGUUCCUACGACUAGCUGAGUUCUAUAUAGGGCCAUUUUUGGUAGAUAAAUUCAGCAUACCAGGGGUUUUUAUGGCUGGACUUUGGGGCCUUCAGUCCUUACUGUUGCUUAUUCUUUACACAGACCUACACAAAAUCCAGGCUGAAUCUAUUGCCAAGGAAACCGGUGAAAAGAAAUCUGAAAAUAUCCAGAAUUAUAGUUCAAUAGAUGUCAUGGAUUCAACAGAGAGAGAUUUCCUACACACUGUGAAUGAGAGUGAUCAGAGAUACAUGGAAAUUCAUGGCAAGUCCUUGCCUGAGAAUCGCCCAGAUCUGUCAAGGGAAGAUAACUCCAGACUGACACCAGUUCUUGGGGAAAGUACCUCUAGCUCCACAACAGAAAAAUCAGAGAAUCAAACAAAUCACAAACUGUCUUGGAGGUUUAUAUAUAGAGAAUACAUCAGAGAAGAGGUGGUAGUUUUGAUGGCAGUACAAUUCAACAGUUUCUUCAACCAGGUCGGAUUUGAAACAAUGGUAACACCUCUGUCACAGAAGUUGCUACACUGGGGAGAGCUAGAAAAUAGCAUCAUGUACUGCUGUGCUGCUGUGGAGAUUAUCAUGGUGUUUAUGUUGGUACGCUACCUAAGCAAACAUUUACAGGACCGUACUAUGAUACUGAUAGGCUUGUCAACACUUGUACUGGCCUGUGCUUGGCUCCUCUAUGCUAUUCCAAAUAGUGACCCAGAUGAACCAUCAGCAAAUCUACCAAUGUUUAUUAUAGGGAUGGUACUAGAUAUGUUUGCUCUUCCCUUUCUUGUGGUCUGUAGUAUAUCAUUGUACUCAAAGGUCACCAAGAAGGAACACCAAGGUCUAAGCCAAGGGCUGCGGAGAAUUGUGGUAGGGUCUGGAACCAUCCUAGGCCCUUUGUGGACAGGAUCUACCCUUACCUGGCCCUACAUUAUGUUAGGGGUUAUGCUGGGACUCCUUGUCAUGUCAAUGGUGAUGCUACUGUCGUCGUAUAGGAGACUGGACAGGAAGGCAGAGCCCCAAGCUGUACAGUCAGAACCUUCUUACGAGGAGUCUGAUGAACGUCAGCCAUUGUUAUCGUGA